CGGAGGCGGGGGUGGUGGUGGGUCGCCGGGCAGUCAGACCGCCUGACUGUUCUGGACUCCUGGGCCGCGACGCGGGACUGCCUGUUCCGGGCGGCGAGUUGUCUCGCUACAGCUCCUUGCAGUCAUAGCAUGCCCCCUAGGAAUCGGGGAUCCCCAGCGGGCUUGCUUAGAGAAGACGCGGCCCCCGGCGCCUCAGCCCGCUCCUCCGUUGGCAGAGAACUGCCGGGCUGAGCAUCUGGGAGAAGCAGGCCAGCGCCUUCUAGGGCUUCGGGCCCGGGGACCUGAGGAGGAUGAGCUGGCUCUUUCCCCUGAACAAGAGCGCCUCCUCCGCAACUGGGUCUCCCGGUGGCCUCACCAGCCUUCAGCAGCAGAAGCAGCGCCUGAUCGAGUCCCUCCGGAACUCACACUCCAGUAUAGCUGAAAUACAGAAAGAUGUGGAGUACAGAUUACCAUUCACUGUAAACAACCUGACAAUUAACAUUAAUAUAUUGCUUCCUCCACAAUUUCCUCAGGAAAAACCAGUGAUCAGUGUUUAUCCACCAAUACGGCAUCACUUAAUGGAUAAACAAGGAGUGUAUGUUACCUGUCCAUUAGUAAACAAUUUUACAAUGCACUCAGAUCUUGGAAAAAUUAUUCAAAGUCUACUGGAUGAGUUUUGGAAGAAUCCUCCAGUUUUGGCUCCCACUUCAACAGCAUUUCCAUACCUAUAUAGUAACCCAGGUGGGAUGCCUCCUUAUGCUUCUCAGGGUUUUUCAUAUCUUCCUCCGUAUCCCCCACAAGAAGCUAACAGGACCAUCACUUCUGUAUCUGUUGCUGACACUGUUUCUUCAACCUCAAGUUAUACCACAGCCAAACCCGCUGCUCCUUCAUUUGGUUUCCUUUCAAAUCUGCCGUUACCUGUUCCCACAACAGACACUUCUGCACCGGUAAGUCAAAAUGGUUUUGGAUACAAGAUGCCAGAUGUCCCUGAUACAUUUCCAGAACUCUCAGAACUAAGUGUGUCACAACUCACAGAUAUGAAUGAACAGGAGGAGAUAUUACUAGAACAGUUUCUUACUUUACCUCAACUAAAACAAAUUAUUAAUGACAAGGAUGACUUAGUAAAGAGUAUUGAGGAGCUGGCAAGAAAAAAUCUCCUUUUGGAGCCCAGCUUGGAAGCCAAAAGGCAGACUGUUUUAGAUAAGUAUGAAUUACUUUCACAAAUGAAAUCUACUUUUGAAAAGAAGAUGCAAAGGCAGCAUGAACUGAGUGAGAGCUGUAGUGCAAGUGCCCUACAGGCAAGAUUAAAAGUAGCUGCACAUGAAGCUGAGGAAGAAUCUGAUAAUAUUGCUGAAGAUUUCUUGGAAGGAAAAACUGAAAUAGAUGAUUUUCUUAGUAGCUUCAUGGAAAAGAGAACAAUUUGCCACUGUAGAAGAGCCAAGGAAGAGAAACUUCAACAAGCAAUAGCAAUGCACAGCCAGUUUCAUGCUCCACUAUAGAUUUUCCUGAAACAUGAGCUACCAAGAGAGGAAUGGGACAAACAACUAAGCACAUUGUUUUAUAUUUAUGAUUUGUGAAUUGUCCUUUCAACCCAGUGGCUGAAAUCAUAGACAAACUGUAUAGAUUGUAUACAAAACUGAGACUGAUUUUGUACAGAUUAGAAUGAUUGCUGUGAUCUUUGCCUUGAGAAAUUUUUCUGUACUCUUUGCACUAAAAAUGUUUAUUUAUUGUUGAUCAAUCCUAUCAUAUUUAAGUUCCAGCGCUGUUCCCCUCUUAUUAGAGAUUAAAUAUCUGUGCAUGUCAUUAGCUUUUUGAUACUUUAUAAAAUUUACUUCAUUUAAAUUUGUAUCUUUAAUUUGAAAUUUGUCUCCUUUCUUUAUCAAGAAUGGUUAUUUAGACAUUUCCCUGUCUACUUUUUAGAAAAGAUUACUAUUUUCAAUUAUGGGAAGACCCUUUUUUCUUUCUGAAUGAUAAAACUUUCAAAAGCAAUUUGUUUUUAAAUAUUGAUAGCGUCAGGAAACACCAAACCUGCCAAUGUGCCAUCUCAAGAAAAAUUAACUUUUAAUAAGUACAAUAAAUCUGAAGGAUAAACCAGCUGCUCUUAUAUAUUGUUUUAUUUUUAAAACUAAAGAUGCAUUUAAGAAGCAAUGCAGGUAAAUAAAUAUUUUACCUAAUUAAAAAAAUGCCUUUUAUUUAAACCAGUCCAACACAGAUUUUCAUGCUAAUUUUUUUAUGUAUGUAAGUAUCUGAUGAGUUUGUAGUUGGAUAAGGAUAUGCUUUCAAGCUUCCUAAUGUUAAAGUUAAAAACAACCUUUUUAUUUAACAAAUGGUUAAUCUAGAAACAAUUUUCUGGACUUUUACUGUGAGUUAGCUUCUUAAAGGGAAAAAAACUAGUAAUAUAUAAAAUUAAUAUUUAACUUUUAGGUGAUCCUAAUUUUUAACGAAUUUAAUGGAAUUUUCUUUUUAACUUAUAUUGUGUUCAGCAGUGUGCUUCUAAACCACAUCACAGAAUAAACACAUUUCAUGGGUAUCCCUAAAAGCUAAAGAGGAGAAAAUUUUGAACUAUAUUACUGAGGUCUGAGAAGGUGAUACCUAAAAUCACAAAACAACCUAGAGCAUACUUCUGUUUCAAUUUCAUCCCAAUGUGAUUGCCAUUCCAGUCAUAAGCAUACAGUGUGCUUUUUCUUCGUCCUACUGUUCUUCCUAUACAUGUUUUUGGCAGUAGAGGUUUAGAGAAAAUGAAUUUAUUUUCUUAGACUUUUAGUAUUUAGUCGGUAUUUAUGGAAGUUCACAUAUUUACAUGGACUAUAAAGAUAUAAUGUUGGGUAAAGAAAACAGCUUUUAUUAAUCAUCUGUCUUCCUGCACUGUGCAAAGGGCCUAUUGUUUAAUAUUCAAAAUGACCAUAUGAGGAAGGUAAAAUAAUUUUUCCCGAUGUGUAGAUGAAAGAAGUGAGGUAAAAGUUAGUGUUUCAAACUGUUGCAUUGUCCUUUGGGUAUUGCACUGUCCAUCAAAGCUUCAAUUUUACCAGUAAUCAGUGCAAUGGAUUGGAACCUAAUAGUCCCAAUCUUUUACAAACAAUCAGGUAGCUUUCUUAGAAAACAGAUAUAUCCCAAAAUAACAGAUCAGCAGACCACAGCAGUUGUAAAAAAAAUAAAAUAAAAUAAUUAAUGUAUUUGAUCUAGCAAUUCUAUUAAACACCUACUAAGAAUAAGUAAGUCAUUGUGGAGAUACUAAACAAAGAUGACUCAAACAUGGCUUGGGUGCUUAUCUACCUUCUCCACACACACAACACCCCACCACCCCCAAAUCAUUUUCACACAGAAUAAAUCUUUUUAACAUAAUUGCACAAGUAAUUUAUCUCAGUACUUUUAUUCUUUAAAUUUGGAUUAUCCCAGUUUCAUUCUGUACUAAUUAAACACAGCUUGGAUUCUCCUCCCAAAAUUAAUUCAUUAGAUAACCUCAUCACAACCCAUUCAUUAAAUAGAAGUGUUUAAUCACAGUUCUGUAUUUAACAAAUAGACAAAUCUGUAUUUAAUAAAUAACAAAUUUGUAUUUAACAAAUUAAUAAAAAUAUAUUAGUUUAGAUAUAGGUUAUGUCAGUCACCCAGGAUGGGAAGAGUCUACAUUUGAAUAUGCCUGUAUGAAUUUGGGUUCUGCCAUUGCAACAGAAAUUUUUAAAGUGACCAUUUUUGUAAUUUUAUGGCUUUUUUUUCUUCUUCAAAUUGACCAUCCUGGAGAAGCAAUGCCAGAGAGAAAAAAGAAAUGCAUGCCAAUGCAGAGAUUUGAUUUUACUUUUAACAUAUAAUAGACUAGGUGGAAAUCAGAAUGGUAGAGGAAAACUUAGGAGUUAUUAGAUGUUCAGGUUGGGAGUUUGUUGUGGGUAGAGAUUUAACGGCUCAUAUUUCAAAAUAGAAGAAAGUUCUAAAUAAGGGAGAUACAUACUAAAGAUAACUGUUUUAAGGGUGAAAGAAAUUUCUAGGGAUACACUGACACUAAGGAAUUUAGAUGGGGAUAGAAGUUAUUUGACAAGUGAGUUUCAUCAUAAUUUAUAUAUGUUUAAGUUGAAGAACAGCUCAAAUUCACUUUAAGGGAAGAAAAUAGUGUCCCCUAAAGUGCUUUUAAAGAAUAAAACCAUAUUCCAGGGUUUCCCUCUUUUUUCCUCACCUUCCUUCAUUCUAAAAAAUUGUUCCAUUCUUGAUUUGCAGAAUCAUGAUCAAAAUUCUUAACCAUUUCAUAUCGUCAAAUUUGUCUCAUCAAAUUUGUCUGAACAUCACUAAAUAAUAAAUCACUUGGGUUCUAUAAAUUACUAAUUGGGAAGUAAUCUGCCUUGAUUACCUUGGUUUAUUUUACAUUGGUUUAUUCCCUAUGCUUUAAACCAGCUGCUUUAAUAAAGCAAUUCCUGAUUUAAAAUGAGAAUGUAGAGUAAGAGAGCUAGUCUUAUUGUUGGACUGGUCAUGCUCCUUCAAGGCCCUUUGAAAACACAAUUAAGUUUUAAUGCACAAUAAAUGUACCUUUUACAUACGUUUCAGUCUUAGGUCAACUUAUAAAGAAUAGACUAAAUAAAUAUGUAUUUAAAUUAUAAUGUCAUGUAAAAAGGUUGACUGAAUAGAGUUUAUGGUCCUGAUGUGGAAGACAUCACAUUAAAUAAUUAAUUUUAAACUAUUAAGUAUUUAUACUGUUUGCUUUUCAAAAUAAAUGCAUAUUCCUCUGGCAUAGUUUACUGGGUCAUUUUUAUUUUAUUUUUUAGUUAUUAGUUUUUAUAGAACUACUCUGCCAAAUGCAAGAAAUUAGUCACAUCCUCAAUGUUAGGCAACAAAGUUCUAAGAGUUGAUAAUUACAAGAAGAGCAUAAAAUGAUUUAUGUUAUAGAAAUGUAAAGCCAAAUACUACUAUACCCUAACUAUUUUAUCCUACAACCACAGUAUAGUGCAGAAAAUGAAUAUACAUUCCUUGUGUGUAAUUCUGAAACUGCACAGUAAAGAAUGCUCAAAUUACAUAUUCUGAAAGAAUUACAUUUGCUCUAUUUUUUACAUUAGCAGAGAACUUUUAUAUUACAGGUCUCUUAUAUAUUAAAGCUAUUCUGUUUUUAAAUAUGAUGACCAAUAUACUAUAUUAUUUCAUUUAUACAUGUUGCUAACUCCCUCUGAAUCUUUCAUACUAGAGAGUUCAGUAAUGUAGCUUUCUUGCCCUCUUUCUUUACUUUGAUCCCAUUUAAGCGAAGUUUAACACAUCCUCUUAUACAAAAAUUUUCACAUAUUGAAAAUAUUGAUGUAGAUUGUAAAAGCCAAAUUUAAAUUCAUCCCUUUAUAUUCUAGAACAUGCUAAUAUUUAAAUAGCAUACAGCAUGAAUAUUAUUUACCUCUGUCCACACAUGACAGGGUUUCUCCAACUAAGUUUCUUCAGCUCAAACAUUUAGUUUGUCCAGUCAAAUCCCGUUUUUGAUCAUAAGAGGGGAACGAUUCUGCUUCAAAUGUGAAUUUUAGCAAAAUUCAUAUCAGAACUAAUUUUCAGCAACUUGUAAUCACCAUAUUUUACUAAUGUUAAUUAAACCAUGUUAACCAAUUUCUAAAAUCAUUUGUAAAAUAAUAGAUGACAAAGCUGAUUCCACUAUUUAAAUAUAGAUAUGAUGACCAAAUUCUCUAGUUCUUAACUAGAAUUUUCCUUCAUUGAAAUUUUACCCUACAAAUUUUGAAUUGGUAUACUGGCCGCUGGGCCACACUGUCUUGGUAGUUGUAGUUUCAGAAACAGUAAUAUAAAGUUGUUGAUAAAGUGAAUGUGACCUGAUUUCAUAUGUAAGAACCAGAGUGAAUACUGUUUCUAUUUUAUUAAGUAUUAGACCCUUUUUAGAGGAUAAGUCAGUUAUAAGACUUUAAAUAGUCUUAGGAUUUUUAAAAUGAUGCAGAGAAAUGAGAUUCUGGAGAAAGUCCACAAAAUUAUAAUAACAAUGCAAAAAAAUAGGAUAAAGUAAAGGGAUCAUUAAACCUGAAGCAUAAACUUAAGCAAUUACAAAGCUCCUCAAUCAGAGGACUAUAUCUUAAACAAAAAGAGUACAUCUCAACAAUGUGCUCUGUUUUUAGAAAUAAUGAUAAAGUCAAAGAGGAAGGUAAUGUCAAAUGUUUUCAAAAACAUAAAAUACACAUCUGGAAGUGAAAUAAGAGGGAAGAUUAAAGAUGAUAAAGGAUCAGAGAUGCCCUUUGAGCAGAUGCAUUUGACAAAGGAAGAUUUUUAUUUGUAACCUCAGAUGAUGGUAGAAGUUAUUACUCAAUAGUGAAUAAAAGUUUCAUAGUCUAGUAUGGGUAUCAAAAUGGCAAACGAUUUUCCUUAUAGUUGAUAAAAGAAAUGGCUAUUUCCUGUUCUUCAACAUAUAAAGGUACUAAAAUGUAUCCUUUUCAAGGCUACAUUUUAUAAUUCCUGAUGACACAUACCAUUUCUUUAUAGAUAUUUUUUAUUUUAAAUUGCAGAGUUCGUUGUUUUUGGAAGCACUUCUUGAGUGUCCUUUGUGUGGGAACUUCAAAGGAGAAGCUUCAGGCCGUGAGAAACACUGCUUCAUCGGAAUCCCGGUCCUUGCUGCUGUCCUCGCUCGGUGGACACUCGCCACCACUUGGAGACCGACAGCUCAAAUCCUCCACACCGGACUCUUGAUCACUGUUGGCGGACAGAUCUGGAUCUGAGCUCUUCAAAUUGUCUUGGGUUAGAAUCAGAGCAGAAUCUUCAUCACCUUGUGAUGGGCUCCUGGAGGGAAACGGUUUCAUAUUCCCGCUGUAAUCCUGGGGAGUGUUGGCUGUGCUGUUAUCUGAGGUAGAAAACCCUGAAUGUUUGUUGGGUUCGCUUUGCUUAGCUUUCACUUUAGUGCGGAUGAACUGGACUUUCUGAAUUUUUUCCAGCCUCUAAAAAAGAAAUAGCAAUUUCAGGGGAAAAUCAUAAAAAAUUUACCUCUUUUUAAAUAUA